AUGGUGGUGGGGAUCGACGACAGCGAGCACAGCGUCUACGUCUGCAGUGGACUCUGGAUCAUUUCUUCACUCCCCUCCCGGCCGACGCCUCCCUUUUCAACCUCGUCCUCGUCCACCCCCACCUCCGUCGUGGGUCUCGCCGGCCCCGGCGCCGCCGAAGUGCUGCCGUAUGUGGAUUCCGAUUUGAAGAAGAUAGUCGCCCGAGUCGUGGACAAGGCCAAGCAAAUCUGCAACGAUCACAAAUCGGUACCUUCAUCACUUCCCUUGCCUUGUUCCCUCGCUCUAUAUUUCGUCUAUGGCCUUGAAUUGAAGCGUAGUCACUCAUUUUUUUGCAGGUUAAAGAAGCAGUAUUCGAAGUAG